CUUUCGUCUACAGGGUGCAUCUACAUCUGCAUUACCUAUGUAACUACCUUUGACGACACAUGCUCUACGCUUGACGAACGAGGCUGAUACCACUGAUCACCGGCCGGACUACAUCACAUCAGGACCUUGAGAUUGUCUCUCAUAGCCGACUACCCCCCUCCCCCCCAUUAUCGCCAUUAUGGCCCCCGAAAAGCGGAACAAGUUCCUCGAGGCGGACGACAGCGAAGACGACCUCGACCGGGGCUACGACUCGGAGGCCGAGGAGCUGCGCAAGGGUGGCCGCAGCGCCAAGAGGCGCAAAGUCGACAGCGAGGACGAGGACGACUUUAGCGACGAGGAGGCGCACGACGUCUCUAAGACGGAUGACGGCGCAUCAGGCGACGAAGACGGAGACGGAGAUGCGGACGAGGGCGCCGAGGCCUCGACGUCAAGCAAGAAAAAGUCAAAAACUACGACGGGCCUGGACCUCCCGGAUGUCUCCAAGCCCCUGACGAAAAAGAACCUCGUCGCGACGGAGGAGGCCGUCAAGAAGUCGGGCGUCGUCUACAUCUCGCGCAUCCCGCCCUUCAUGAAGCCGCAGAAGCUGCGGUCGCUGCUUGAGCCCUACGGCCGGAUCAACCGCAUCUUCCUCGCGCCCGAGGACCCGGCGGCGCACGCGCGGCGCGUUAAGAACGGCGGCAACAAGAAGAAAUCGUACACGGAGGGCUGGGUCGAGUUCCUGCGCAAGCGCGACGCCAAGGCCGCGUGCGAGCUGCUCAACGCCCGGACGAUUGGCGGCAAGAAGGGCAGCUACUACCACGACGACAUCUGGACGCUCAAGUACCUCAAGGGCUUCAAGUGGCACCACCUCACGGAGCAGAUCGCCGCCGAGAACGCCGAGCGGACGAGCAGGAUGCGGGCCGAGAUCAGCAAGGCCGGCAAGGAGAACAAGGAGUUUGUGCGCAACGUCGAGAGGGCGCGCGUGCUGGACGGCAUCGCGGCGACCAAGGCGAAGCGCGGCGAGAAGCAGGGGGAGGACAAGGCGGACGGGGAGGGGCCCGCUUCGGGCUCGGGCGCGGUGCCAGGCACGGACACGGGCGCCCAGCCGGACAAGAGGCGGACGGUGUUCAAGCAGAUACCCUUGGCGGACAGGAAGGGCGACGCUUCCUCGGGCGGCAAACCGGCCGGAGAUGUGGCACGGGUGCUCGGGAAAAUCUUCUAAGCAAGGAGGGUGUCGCGCGUGUAUGUAUGCUACGCACCCCCCCCUUUGUUUCUUUUCUUUUCUUUUCUACGCAGGUGCCGUUGCAGUUGUCAAUGGAAAGGAGCAUAGUCAAAACAUCACAAAUUACAGGACGAAAAAGGUUCCCCUGCGCCGGUAUCUUCGGGAGGGCGUGCGUGUGCGAGUUCGCGGGGUUUGUACGCAACGGGACAUGGUUGCAUCCGUGGCCAGGUCCGCCAAGACAUCGAGUGCAAAGGUUUUCGGACCAACACCACCAUCUCUCUUGCGCAAUGGCAGGCUUGAGAAAUUGCGAAAUAUGAUGGCUUGGCACGAAUGGCGACGAUGGGAUAUGACGUUCCGUUGCCCCCUCUCUCCCCCGCCUCUGGAAGGAACAGACGAUGCUAUCCGCACUCUCCGCCAUUCGCACUCGGAAACCCGGAGGAGGCGGAGGAAAAGAGUGUUGCGCAUCACACACUGGACGGCGUGAUGCCAUCCAUCAUCCGUAUUAUGGGUAGCACUCAAAACAAGAAAAGAGCCUCGAGCUGUCAAGCAAUGUCAUGCAGUGCGUCGAAGCGAGUGCGAAUGCCGUCAUCACCACCACCACCAUCACCGCCACCACCUUCUUCUUUCGCUCCCGUGUAACGGAACGCCGGCUCGGCAUGAAGGCGAUGAUGUCGCCAUUAUCGUUCCCCGUUACCUAGACUAGGUAGGUACGGACGAAAAGUUGGUCCUCGAAAUAAGCUGUCAAAAUACCCGGGCGCUAGCUCGACGUGGACAUCGCGGAAACCUUUGCGUUACCCGCUCCGUGCUAGUGUUGUCGGGUUUGUCUUUGGGACGCUUCCAGUCGACCCUGAGGGUUCACCGUUCGCCCAUGGACACAACGGCAGAGCAGAUGCGGAUGCGAGACGACCCUCCCCACGAUCGUAGACCACUACCACACGUGUUACGCGGUAAUGCCCCGACAAUUCGACGACACACGAGUCUCUUGACUUACAGCACACUCUCACAGAAAACAAACCCAGUCAUCACGUGCCAUGCAUGUCUGGAACGCAUGAACCUCCGGGGACACGGAGAAUCAAAGGGGGAAAAAAAAUAUUCAAACCCAUGAUCGUCAUCAUCAACAUGACGACCGCCAGGCUCACACACAUAAAUCAC